AUGAAUACCUUAUAGCCACCACAACCACAAAUCCAAUAAAAUUAACAACCACAACAAAUACUUCAAUAUCCAAAUUAUCCACCUUCAGAAAAUUAGGUUAGAUAUGAUCCAAGAACUGCAGCAACAUUUCUGAAUCCAAAAUCAAUUUAGAAAAAAGCUAAAUUUUGCCCGAUCUGUGAUUUUCCUGCAAGCGUAAGAGUUGUUAUAAAUCCUUGCAGACAUUUCAUGUGUUAUGAAUGCUACUAUAUUGAUGGCUAAACAUUUUGUAAAUUCUGCAAUGAUAUUGUUGGUUCAGUCAAAAGAUUAGAUGACACAGAGAAAUUCUAUUCUUGCGAUCUUGAUACAUGUUUUAAAUAUUUUGAAUCUGAAUAAUAAUUGGAUGAACAUAACACAUAACAUGCUAUAAUAUUAGGUUGA